UGUCAAGACGAAAACAUAAGAAUUUUGCCGUCUGAAAGUGUCCGGGGUGAUUGCGUUGGCAUAAAUAUAUAAAAGGGAAACUCAGGCACAUUGACAACAAAUAUCCUUCGCUCGUUUCACCUAUCAUACACAUAAAAUCAAUCGGUCGCCCUACGGUUUUGUUAAUUUCAACUGAUACCUUAACCGUGCAGUGUAUAAGUAAAAGAUAGUGAUCCUAAACGGAAACUAAAAGUAAUAGCAACGAAACGAAUAUAUGAAUUGAAUUACAAGUUCCGUGCAUGCAAAUUAUAUGCUAAUCGAAUUUACAGCACUUUGCUCCCAACACUUCUUUCAAGUACUUAUCACCUGCUCGCGGUAUAUACAAGAUGCUGAAUCUUCAACGUACAAUAUUUUAUGUACUGCUGUUCUAUGUCAACACCGUAUUGGCAUGGGAUUUCGCUGUCACCACCCAAUCAAAAAUAGUCUUUUACGAUGAACAUUGGAAGGAAGUUAUGUCAUCGGCUCAUCAAUUUGAACAUAUCGGUGCAAUCACAUUCGAUGAAGCCGAAGAGAAGAUAUAUUUCAGCGAUGAGUUACACCACAAUGGCAGCAUUUUCUCACUCAUGAUACCCAAAGACUACGAAGAUCCGCAUUUAAUUGAGAAAAUGGUCCAGCGCACAAAGAAUGAAGCAGUUCGUUCGCUUGCAUACGAUCCACUCGAUCGUAAACUCUAUUGGAGCGAUUUAUUGAAUAAGAAAAUCCUAAUGGUAUCUGUUGAUGCUAAUGAAACUACCACACCAAAUGUGUUUAUCGAUUUCACUAAGGAAGUAACACUGCCCGAUGGCAUUGCUAUAGACUUUUGCCGUCGUCAACUCUAUUGGACCAACUCCAAUUUUUCCAAUGCCAGUAUCGAGCGCAUCGGUUUAGAUGGCAGCGAUCGUACAGUUAUCGUGCGUGGUGAUAUGUUUGCACCACAUGGUAUUGUCGUGGAUCAAUUGACGGAUCGUAUUUAUUAUGUAGUCGCUCAGCGGGGCGUACAUUUUUCGGUGGAGAGUGCAAAUUUGGAUGGUACUGAUCGGACGGUUAUAAUGAAGGGACUCAAUAAUGAGCCAUUCAGUUUGGCUGUAACCACAGAUGCAAUAUUCUGGACUGAUAACACAAACCGUGCCAUCUGGGGUCAUUCAAAAUUCGUCAAUGAUCCUGAAUCGAUAACACCAGCGAAAGAAGAAGUAGAAGAUGGUGGCAAUGUAGCAAUGGAAGAAAAAACCGGCGCACGUAUGAUACUGCAGUUUGGAGUUAAACCACGUGGUAUAGUGGCGCGUGUUCAUUACCUUACCCAUUCCGUUAAUGAUCAGCACUGUCACCAAGUGGUGGCCAGCAUUAAAAGCCGUCUGCUGUCAUUCGUAAAACCAACCGAUAGUGCGCUGGAUGUUAAUACGAAUUUCCUAAGGCAGAAUUAUUGUCUCAAUGGUGGCGAAUUCGUUGCGCAAACCAAUAGAUGCAUCUGCAAGGUCGGUUUCAAGGGUGAACGAUGUCAGAAUAACGAGUGUUUUAACUAUUGUAUGCAUGGCACCUGCGUUAUUUCUUCCCUCGGCUUACCAACUUGUGAAUGUCCGCGCGGCUACUAUGGCGGACGGUGUCAGUGGUAUAAGUGCGCCGGGCAUUGCUUGAAUAAUGGAUGGUGUGCGAUUGAAGACUCCGGCGAGCCGAGCUGCUCAUGUAAAGACAAUUUUAGCGGUGCGCGUUGUGAACAAAAUUCAACAGAAAUCUGUGCGCUUUAUUGCAAAAUUUUGAAGCUGGAGCCCGAUACUAAUACUAAUAUACCGUUGGGUUGCGCUGAUAUUUGCGAGGAACUUGUAGAAAAAAGCGAUAAUGGCGCAGAAACGUAUGCCAUUCCGAAAUAUUCACAUUUGGAAAUGUGCGAACAAGUGAAUCCAUGGAGUAGCACCGUAAUAAUUGUUAUUGUUUGCGGUGUAGUUGCCUCUCUGGGAUUGAUUGUUCUAAUUGUACAUGGACUGCGUCGUUUCUAUAAACCAGCACGCCCACGUAUAAAGAAGACAUUCGUCGUGCGCAAACAGGCUUCCCCUUCAACGGAUACACCGCUAACGAAUCGUCCCAUUGCCACUGAACAAUGUGAAAUUACAAUAGAAAAUUGCUGCAACAUGAACAUUUGUGAUACGCCAUGCUUCGAUUCAAAGCUCCUGGAAAAAACACUCUCACGCAACUCCAAAGUCAAGGAGGACAAGAAAAUGCUAAUAAAUGGCAUGGAAGAUGAACUUUAUUAGUUAAGCAUUAAAUAGCGUGCCAUCAAAGCGAGGCGCUUGCGAUGCGGAUACAGUACGCGCGGUCAGGGACUGGCAUACUUCUUCUGCGCGCAACAAACGGAGAACAUCUACAAGAGGCCUUAUAGAACGAAAUUUCCAGAAAUAAAAAACACACAAAAAGCAAAAGAGCAUGCAAAUGUAGAAACGACAACACGAUGGAGAAGAGGAAAUGCCAAUGAGAGAUUCAAAGUACGACGUUGAGUAAGAAGAAAAUAGAGAGAAGAGUGUCUGACGCCACGGACAAAUGUAGUUAGUACAAGUUCCUCGUCCGUAGCAGCAGGCUGCAGAAGUGCAACCAUGGAUAAGCUUUAAAUAGAGUACACUCG